AUGUGGAACGCGUCCAACAGUUCGGCGGGCAACUGGAGCUGCGGCAAGAACGACGGCUUCAAGUACCCGUUGUACAGCACGGUCUUCAGCGUGGUCUUCGUAGUGGGGCUGAUCACCAACGCGGUGGCCAUCUACAUCUUCGCCUGCUCGCUCAAGCUGCGCAACGAGACCACCACGUACAUGAUGAACUUGGCGGCCUCCGACCUACUCUUCGUCUUCACGCUGCCGCUGCGCGUCUUCUACUUCAUCAACGGCAGCUGGCCCUUCGGCAGCGUGCUGUGCAAGGUGUCGGUGUCGCUUUUCUACACCAACAUGUACGGCAGCAUCCUCUUCCUGACCUGCAUCAGCGUGGACCGCUUCCUGGCCAUCGUGCACCCCUUGCGCUCGCGGACGCUACGUACCCAGCGCAACGCUAAGCUACUGUGCGCGGGCGUCUGGGCGCUGGUGCUGUCGGUCAGCCUGCCGACGGGGUUCCUGUUGGACACCACCUCGCGGCAGCGCGCCAACGCCACCUUCUGCUUCGAGAACUUCUCCUCCAGCCAGUGGAAGUCACACCUGUCCAAGGUGGUCAUCUUCAUGGAGACGGUGGGUUUCGUCAUCCCGCUCCUGCUCAACGUGGGCUGCUCCGUCAGGGUGCUUCAGACUCUGCGGCGCCCCUACAAGGUCAGUCGAGGCGGCGAGUUGAACAAGACCAAAAUCCUGCGAAUGAUCGCCGUGCACCUCGGAACCUUCUGCUUCUGCUUCGUGCCCUACAACGUCAACCUGGUCUUUUACUCGCUGGUGCGCACCAAGGCGCUAAGGGGCUGCCUGGCCGAGUCGGUGGUGCGCGCCAUCUACCCCGUGGCGCUGUGCGUCGCCGUCUGCAACUGCUGCUUGGACCCCAUCGUCUACUACUUCACCUCCGAGACCAUCCAGAACUCCAUCAAGAGGAAGUCGCUGUCCAAGUUCUCCGAAGCGCUCCGUUCGGAAUCGGCUUACGAACUGCAAUGCGGACUGAAGAACCUGAAAGCUCCGAUGCUACAGGAGGAGUCAUCGGUGUGA